AUGGACACGACCCAGAACGGACAAGCUAAAGAGAAGGCUGCCACCGUCGCCACCGCCACCGUACACAACGGCACGGUUUGCGGAUACGAGUCGCUCGAUCGCCUCCUCCGCAACAAUCUCCGCCCCGAAGUCUUUCAGGAAGUCAGUCGUUUACUUAUAGGACUGAAUUGUGGAAGGACUCUUGAAUCCGUUCCUCUGGCAGGGUCUGCAAAAGCUCUAUCAUCUGAAUGUAAUGUUGACAAACAGGAAGUAAAACCAAUGAAAGAUUCUGCAAGUGCUUCAGAAGUGAACAUCUUAUUCUUGCAGCUUGAUAAUGGCAUUUGGCAGAACCACAUCCCCAGGGUUGGAGAUUUCAAUGAAAAUUCCUACUUUAUGAAGGAAAUACUGGGCGUCCUCUGUUUGAGACUGCUUAGGAAAGAUCGCUGUCAGUAUUUGUUAUGGGAGGCACCAUCCGUGGAGUUAGCAUUUGGCUCGAAGGGUGCUGAGAUUGUGUUCAACCCUAAUGCGACCGUUGGUGAACUUAGCAAACUGAUGUGGCUAAUUGAGGUCCACAAUGCUGCCAUUGCCAACGGUUAUUUUGUUGGAUCAAUUAAUCGGGUAGGAACAGGAUCAUUUCCCAAUCCGUUUGCAUCGGGUGAUGGGAAGCCACAGCACACGGAUUUUGGGCACUUCUAUGGAUCCAGUCACUUUUUGGCUCCAGAUGCUUCGUGCACGCCAUCACUAUCCCCUUCACAGAGAUGGAUUGCUGGUCUCAGACAUGGAUCUCAACUUCUGUAG